GACCCUGGAUUUUGACUGCAAGCUCCUUAGGAAAUCCCUCCUAGCGUAUCCUUCCCGGCGCCGUUGUCUGCUUAGCUCACAUUCCGUGCAGAACGCAUUGAACGGGUUUAUGAUAUUUGCCUGCGAAACAUUACCCGCAUCCUAAUCACGGAACUCGUUUUUGCUUGCUAAGCACCUUGGCCGGAUUUUCCUCGACGUUCUGCACGCAGUCGCAAUCAAGACUUUUCCACUUGUACAUAUCGGUGUAAGACGUACCUAUCGUUAAUUGCUUGACCGCUUCGGUGAGAAGGCUGCUGCACCUGGCGUGUAUACAUAUCCGACCGCGCCCACCAACAAUAUGGCUGCAGACGGGAAUAUCGAUAAAGCGACACGCGCCGAAAGACCAAUGCUGAGACAUAGCUCCUUGAGCGGGGGUUCGAUCCUCCAAGAUCAUCAACAAUAUCGCCGCCCUUUCAGUGACCUCGUCAAUGACAGACUUGAUGAGCAUCAAUUGCGGGGUGCCACGCCAGGCAGCGAAAGCUCGUCCGAGCCCGACGACGAUGAUUAUGAACAAUUCCAAGGAAACCCUGCUGGCGCAAGCGCAGCACGUAUCAAGAAUGCGGGUAUUAUUCACACCAUGUCCCACAACAACUGUCAGCCGGGGCCAAAUGAAGGCGAGAAGAUCGUCGCGACUAUCUUCUACAGAGCCGAUAGAGUGCGGCAGCGACAUGCUCAGUUGUCCACUGAAACCGGAGCCCCCUCGACUUCCAUCGAGCACUUAUCGCUUGGUGCAGAAACCUCUGAGCCCGAGCCGCUUGAUCACCUCUAUGGAUUUUAUAUCAGCCAGAUUUGUUUAACCUACUUCCUCCAAAUCCUGGAAGAGCUACAGCAUCCGUAUCAGCGGCUCACGACUUCUCAUCGCUGCCUUGACUCGCAGGUCUACCCCAGAGUCAUGGAGAUCACAUUCUCUCCUCCACCAAACCCGGAGUAUCUCACGUUCGAAGACUUGCGAAAGCAUGAGAGCAUUUGGAGAUUUGAAAGGCAGUGGAAUGUCGAGGUUGUCUUUCAGAGGGAGAGCGUCUUCAGAAAGCACAAACGCCUUGCCGUGUUCGACAUGGACAGCACAUUGAUCCAGCAGGAAGUCAUCGAUGAAAUUGCCCGGGCGAUUGGUGUUGAGAAGCAAGUUUCGGAGAUUACCGAGCGUGCCAUGAAUGGUGAACUCGAUUUUACUGCUUCACUUAAUGCCCGCGUGGCUCUUCUCAAAGGCGUGCCGGGGGAUGUUUUCGAGAAGCUCAAAACUGUUAUCAGAGUCACCCCUGGUGCUCGAGAGCUCUGCUUAGCAUUAAAGCGCCUCGGAUUCAAAAUGGCCGUUCUCAGUGGCGGCUUUACGCCGCUUGCUGAGUGGCUUGCGGGGGAACUUGGUUUGGAUUAUGCCUUCGCAAACAAUCUUGUGGCGUGUCCUGAAACCGGCAAGCUCACUGGAGAAUUGACUGGCAAUAUCGUCGAUUCACACCGCAAGGCCUUCCUCCUGAAACAGAUUGCCGCAGAAAACGGCAUUCCGUUAGCGCAGGUUAUGGCCGUUGGUGACGGCGCCAACGAUUUGCCGAUGAUGAAGACUGCAGGCUUGGGAGUGGCCUUCAACGCGAAGCCCAGAGUUCAAUUCGAGGCUCCUACUCGGGUCAAUUCAUCAUCCCUCCAAGAUAUACUAUAUCUGCUUGGAUUCAGCAUUUCUGAACAACAAGCACUGCUGGAGGUGUCGUAGUCUUGCUAUUUGAAGACUCAAUUGAUCUAUCAUCGGCUCGGUCAAGCUAGUUACUAUCUACACUUAAUAGAAACUAGCCGCGAUACUACAUUGUAAUUUUGAAUAUUUGACGAAUAGACGAAUAAAUUAAAGCAUUAUGAGGUGCAAAGCUACGUCGCCAAAAGAGAGCGAUAUUUAUAUGUGAAAGGGGUUGAAUGAUACAAUAUAGUGAUUGCCAGAGUUUAAAAUAU